GAGUGCGGUGGGGUUGUCUCGUGCGCUGACAUCGUCGCUUUCGCUGGACGCGACGCCAGCUUCUUCCUCAGCAACGGCGUGGUAGACAUCAAAAUGCCGGCUGGCCGGUACGACGGGCGUGUGUCUUUCGCCAACGAGACCCUCCGCGACCUGCCCCCUCCCUUCGCCAACGUCACGGUGCUGGAGGCAAUGUUCAAAGCCAAGGGGCUCGACCUCGACGACAUGGUCACCCUCUCAGGCGCGCACACCGUCGGGAUCUCUCACUGCUCGUCCUUCGCUGACCGCCUCCCAGCCGACCCCUCGGACCCCACGUCCAUGGAACCCGUGUUGGCUAGCUCGCUACAGCAGAAGUGCAGCCGCGGCGGUGACCCCGUGGCGGUGCAGGACGACGUUACCCCCCGUGACCUGGACAAACAGUACUAUCAGAACGUACUUGACCGUAAAGUGUUGUUCAAAUCGGACGCGGCGCUGCUGUCGCCGCAGACACUCAAGGCUGUGGAACACAACGCCAAGAACCCCGGGAAGUGGGAGCGAAAGUUCACGGACGCAAUGGUUAAGAUGGGCAACACCGAGGUGAAGACCAAGGCCAACGGGGAGAUCAGAAAGCAGUGCCGGUUCGUCAAUUAGCGACCUGUUGAUGAGACAAAACCCUACUUCAUCUUGACUCCUGAAGCCGGAGACUGAUCGAAAUAAGCUCGUGCUUUUGUUCGUACUAUGUGUUAGCUUAAUUUCCGUUGCUGUUUAUUUGCUACCAAAAUUUGUAUUAUUGGUCCAAUUUUGCCUCAUAUCUGAUCUGUAUCGAAAAUAUUUGGUGUACUUUA